AUGCCCUCGUUGUGCAACACCAACCCCACAACUCCGCCUGCUUCCGUCGUUACCCCUGCAGCAGACCCCACAGCACCCAAGGCGUGGUCGACCGUCACCCCCGUCAUGCCCGUCACAAGUUCUGCGACGACAGUAACGACGACCACGGUCUUUCCCAUUCCCAUCGCCGGUGAGAACACUCCCAACACCCUGUCAACCAGUACCCUCACCACCAUCGCCCCCAUUACCAGCGCUGCGCACUAG